AUGAGAUAUGCUGGAGGAAGGGUGAUGGACGCGGAGGAUGGCUUUGAAGCAGUUGGAUGCUGUCUUUGUUGCGCAAAAGGAUGUCCUGCUGAAUACACUGAUGAUGGAGUUGCUACUUGUAUAAAGCCAAAAUCUUAUGGCAGAGGUACUGGAUACCCUUGGAAAUUUGGUGAUGGUUUCAAUGAUCAUGGAAUGUAUGAACGCUGUGAAGCAGAUCAUGGUGCUAGAAAUUGUGAAAAAUCAGGUGCCAUUGUGUAUCCAAAAUGCAAAUCUGGAUUUCAAAGUGCUGGAUGUUGUAUCUGUAGUCCUCAAUGUCCUGAAGGAAUGAAUGACAUAGGAAUCUCAUGUGGCAAAUCAACCUAUGGUCGUGGUGUAGGUGCUUCCCGUCUACAAUGCCCCGAUGAUAAAGAACAGGAUGCUGGCUUAUGUUACCCUAAGUGUCAGGAUGGCUUGAAUGGUGUCGGUCCAGUGUGUUGGCAAAGUUGUCCAGCUAGCACUCCAGUGAGUUGCGGUCUCAUAUGUGCAGUAGACCAAACAACAUGUGCAGCGUACAUUGGCCGGGCUGCUCUAGCUGGUAUACAAAUCCCUAUCUCUAUCAUUACUGGUAUUGUGAGGAUGGAUAUUCUAGCCCAAAUUGAAGCUGUUAAGGCCGCUCUGGAAUUAGCUCUCCAGCUGGGAACUACGCCAAUGUGUUAA